AUGGCGUCUUUCUUCUCAUUCUCCAGCCCGGUCGACGUCGACGUGCGGCUAGAAGGUGAAGAUGCACGCAAACAGGUGGAGAUCAAAAUGGACAAAGCGAGCAAAGAGAAGUGUCCAAUCUACUUUGAUGGAGAGAGCGUCAAAGGGUCGGUAUCAGUGCGUGUAAGAGACGGGAAAAAGCUAGUGCAUGAGGGGAUCAAGAUCGAGUUCGUUGGCAGCAUCGAAAUGUUUUACGACCGAGGCAACCACUACGAGUUUCUUUCACUCGUGCAAGAGCUUGCAUCACCAGGCGAGAUGCGCGCAGCACAAAACUUUGACUUUGAGUUCAAGAACGUCGAAAAGCAAUACGAGAGCUAUAACGGUAUCAACGUCAAGCUGAGAUACUAUAUUCGGGUAACGAUAUCGCGGCGGUUAACAGACGUGGUAAAAGAGCGAGAUAUCUGGGUCCACUCGUAUCGCAUGCCACCAGACUCCAACAAUGCGAUCAAGAUGGAAGUCGGUAUCGAAGAUUGUCUCCAUAUCGAAUUCGAGUACAACAAAUCCAAAUACCACCUCAAAGACGUAAUCGUGGGCAAAAUUUACUUCCUUCUGGUCCGAAUCAAGAUCAAACACAUGGAGCUCUCCAUCAUCCGUCGAGAAACGACCGGAGCAGCACCCAACCAAUACAACGAAUCCGAAACCAUCACCAAAUUCGAGAUCAUGGACGGCGCGCCAGUUCGAGGCGAGACCAUUCCGAUCAGGUUGUUCUUGGGAGGAUUCGAAUUGACACCGACGUUCAGGGAUGUCAACAAGAAGUUCAGCACAAGGUAUUACUUGAAUCUCGUCUUGAUUGAUGAGGAGAAUAGGAGAUACUUUAAGCAGCAGGAGAUCACGGUCUUCAGGAUUCCGGAGAAUUAG